UUUGACUUUGAAAACUGUCAGAUUGAUCAAGCUAUUUUUGGCUAUUUUAACGUAUGGAAGGUAUAAUUUAAGAAUUAAUUAUGAAAGCAAACUAUAAACGCAUUUAAUAGAUCAUCAAAAUACUUUGUACCUGGUCUUUUUGGGGUUCACGAUGGCAGAUAAUCCAAGCAGUGACGGAUUUUCGGAAGCAGAUAGAUUGAGAGAAGAUGAAUUGGCUCGAGAAUUGGAGCAUAGUGACUCCAAUGAAGAUGAUUCUCAAGAAAUAUCAUUGGAAAUUGAAGAAAAAUUGCUAAAAGAUGAACCAGAAUAUACAACAUUGGUCAAUUAUGGAGACAAUAUCCAGGAUUCACAAAGUAAUAUUGUAAGUUACUCUGAUGAUUUGCACAAUAUUGACAUCACUCAUGAAACUGAAGAACUGGGUAACAGUAUGUAUACUGAAAACUCCAAUAGCUUCAUAACAACACAAUCUGAUUUGCAUGACAUUAGUGAACAAUAUGAACCUUUCGGUGAGUAUAAUUAUGAUAUGCAACAAUCUGAAGACAGGCAAUAUGAAAAUGAUAAUGAUAAGUAUGAUAUUGAAAACAAUGGUGAUAUGUCCAAUAUAAAUGAAUCUCAAAAUGACAAUUAUGAUUCACAAAUGAAUGAUGAUUUGUUGAUUUGUGAAAGAGAGAGGGAAAAGAAAAGUAAAAAGGAGUUAGAAGAAGAAGAAAGAGAAAAAAUGCAAGUUUUAGUAUCAAAUUUUACGGAAGAGCAGCUGGAUAGGUAUGAAAUGUACAGACGAGCAGCAUUCCCUAAAGCGGCUGUAAAACGUUUGAUGCAAACAAUAACGGGAUGUUCAGUGGGGCAAAAUGUCGUAAUAGCAAUGUCAGGUAUUGCUAAAGUAUUUGUCGGAGAAGUUGUUGAAGAAGCUUUAGAAGUUCUCGAGAAGUCUGGUGAGCCUGGUCCGUUGCAGCCCAAACAUUUAAGAGAGGCUUUACGUCGCCUGAGAGUGCGUGGCGCUAUACCUGUCAGAAGAGGCUACAAAAGCACCCUUAAGCUUUGACGGUUUCAACUACUUAUGCUGUAAAUAUAUUUAUGCGUGGAAGGAAUCAAUUGGUUCGUAUCAGUCAAUUACUUAGAUGUCUAAUUGUCAUGUAAAUAAUUGUUAAAUAUUAUUAAGAAUGUGUAAAAAAUUGUUUGUUUCUCAUUGUUCGAAAAUAUUAGGUAUAAAAAUGAUUUGUUACGUUAACUCAUAUAUAAAUGUAACAUGUAUUUAAGCCUUCCGUUUAAGUUACAAGAUUGGUGUUAUAAAGUCUACCUUUAUCUAAUUUUAUAGGAAAAUAUUUAUAGUACGACAAGCUUAUUUGGCAUAGAUGUAGAGCAUAAUCUGCAAGAACAUAUAUACUACUUAUUAGUAGCGGGUAAUAGUAGUAGGAUGUCUUGUAAGGUUAGGUAUCUACUAACCCUGUAGUAAGUGGUUGUGGGCUGUUAGAAUCACAGCUAAUUGAAGUCGUGAUUUUUUUUUCAUUUAAAUAAAACAGCAUCUACAGAAUGUUGGUCCAUACUCUGUUUUGCACAUAUAUUGCUGAUUUGAUUCAAAACAUAACCACUACUCGUGACACAACUGACAGAUAAAAGAUUCAUCUUCAGUUCAGAAACAUAGAGGACCAGUCUCAUAGCAAUUAAAAAUUCUGUCUGGCGUCAAAUUAUAUUUGUCAUAUAUUACCCCAAACAAAGAUAGAAAAUGUCCACCUAUUAGCGAAAACAAAACACAUCCAGAGUGUAUAGUUUUUUUGUAAGUGUGGGUGGCCCCGUCGUGACACGCGUCCCCGUUAUGCCCCCCUCUCCCCUAACUACAUAAGCAACCAGGAAAAGAUAUUUCAGAUUUUUAUGCUGGCUAGAAAUAACCGAUAAUCAUUACUUUUGGAUCACCCGUCGUAAAUGGCAGCUUCAGAUUCCUCGAGCCUGGCUUUUAGGGAUUAUAUCGUCACUUGCGAAUAGGUCUAGUAUUUCUCUGCAAGUAGCCAGAUUUACCUCCGAAGUUGUGGUUUGCUUAGUUUACGCACCCUAUUUGACAUUUACUUAUUGAUCUUAGGCAAACUUUCCUUGGUUAGCCUGCAUUCGAUUAAGUUUUUCCAUAGCUCGCUGUGAAGAGCAUAACUUCUAUUCGUUUC